AUGGUUAAUUUCAGAAGGAAAUCAAAUAAUAACAAUACUGACCAAAAGGUCCAAGUAUCCAAGGAAGAUCAAGCAAGAUUGAAAGUUCGUACAGCCUCUGUUGCAGACCCAAUUUUAGAUGCAGUUCAAGAAGCUCAACCAUUUGAAGAAGCUGCGGACGUUUUCCAUGACAACAUGAACAGACAAUCAUACUUCUCUACCGGGCAAGGUGGCUUACGUGAUGUAUUUGGUCAACCAAUUGGUCAACCAGAUAUUUCUAAUCCUACAAGGUCAAGAGAUGAAAGACCGUUGGAUACAAUCAGAAGUUUUGAAUAUGCUGUGUCAGGUGAUCCAACUUGGGGCCAACAGUUAGAGACGUCAAGACUUGGAUUUAACGUUCGUCCUGACUAUCCAUUUUUAAAUACAGAAAUGAAUCCAUACAAUAAUGCUCAAAAUCAAAUGUAUGCACAACAAGCCGUUUACCAGGCACCUGUUAAUAACGGUGAAUCAGCUACCAAGAAAAAGAAGAAGAGAAACUUUUUUGGUAGAAAGAAGAAGAACGCAGAUUGA